AUUAUUGUUUAGUCUAAUUAUGCAAUUGAAUUAAUUAGAAAACUUUCAUUAAUAAAUUUAAGGUUUUAGAAUUAUUUCACAAGAUGAUGAAAAAAGUUUAUACAGUUCCAACACCAAGGGAGUAAAAGCCCGUAAUUUAAUAAAAAAGUUAAUAAAACAUAUAAAUGUAAAGUUUAAAUAAACAUAUGUAGAAAGUAAAGUUAAUUUGGGUACAUACCAGAUAAACCUAAAAAGAAAGAAUAGUCAUAAAAGCCUUGUCGACCAUAUUUAAUGUUUAAACCUUAGUUAGUGGAAGAGGUAGAUGAGAACAACAUGAAAAUGAUGAAAUUAUCUUUCCAUAAUUCAAUAACUGACCUAUAAACUUUUGAAGAGUUAAUGUAAGAAUAAAAACCAAGAGAAUCGACUCCAAAUUUAAACUAAACUCCUUAAGAAAAGACUUAAACAUUUGCUAGGUAUGUCUUAUUUAAAACGAUAGUAGGAAGUCUAUGAAGCAUUUAACUCAUCUAUGAUGAUAAUAAAAAUAGUG